AUGCAGACCACCUCUCCUCCGCGCCGCCGCCCAAAGGCCCGCCCUGAGAAGAGUUCAAUUUGGUUGAAAGGGGGGUGUGAACCGAGUAGGAGAACGCGGGUCCGAGCGCGGGAAGAGGGCGUCAAAGAACACCCAGAAAAGACUGGGAUGUGCUGUGAUGCAGCAAUUAUCACCAAUUCCCCACCCUGGUUGUUAGCUUCUUACCCUGAAGGCAACUUGUUCCAGUUGACCCAGGAAGAAAUUCAGAUCUUGCUGGCAAGAGAGGGGAGAGAGAAAUUUCUUCAAGGGUUCACUCUUGCAGGGACCAAAUGCUUAUUGAUUCGGGACAACAUUUACACUGAGGGAAACAACACCAUGGACCUCCGCACCAAAGGCCAGAGUCGGUGCAGCCAGGAAGUCACUGUAGUUCAGAUUGAGUCUGUAUACCUUGUGAUGAUGGGACAAAAAGGAACAGAAGGAGAGCCUCUCAACCUUAAGGCUUUUGAGAUGGCAGGUUACAUCAGAGAAGCCAUUCAUUAA